AUGAUGGUUCCGAACGAUAAAACAUUAGAGCUUCUUUUCAGCUACAAUAAAAUAGUUAAAGAUCUUAUUCAAAAAUCAACUGUUGAGGAUCCAAUGUUUCAGAGGCGCACCAUCUGCAAACGAUACAUAAUCGAUAUUCCGAAAUGGAGUGUUGAGUAUUCGGAUCUGACAUCUCAAGUAGAUUCAAUCAAGACCUUAUAUCCAGCAUUUUUUGUGCAAGAUAAUGACUCUGUAAUGAAUUUAGACUUGCUUCAAGAGCAAAAUGUAGUUCAUGUUCUCCUUUACUCCGCAGUCAUGCUUCAAUGGUCUUCUUUGAACCCGGCAGUCUUUUUUUCGGUUGAUGAUUUAAACAAUGGUACUGCUUUUGAUUCAUUUGCAAUAGAUAAAAUGAAGUUUAAUUUAGACAUGCUCUCAGAUUAUAAAUGUAUUGAUUUUUUGACAAAUCAAAAUAUCGAUAAUGAAAUUAAAACACUCACAAGAACUUUAGCACUCUAUUUCUAUAUCAGGGCGCAUGGUGGAAGCAUUACACUCGAUUUAGAUUUAUUAAAAGGCAAAGAGUACGAAUGAAAAAUAUGUAAGAUUUUUCAAAAGAAUGGGGAAUUAGAAGGGUUUUUAAGAAAUAUUUAUCACGCAAGCAUUUGCAAGGAAGUGUAUAGAAAAAUUAUACGUGCUGACGAUGAAAGUGAUUUCGAAGCUAAACUUGCAGAACUCUUUAAUUAUGUGAUAGAGAAUUCAUAUUAUGCUAACCUUCCACAAGGUCUGUAUGGGCUCACAGCAAUUGGCCACAAAAUAUUCAUAUCAUGCGAAUACACUCCAGAAAAAGAAGAAGAAAAAGUGAAAGAAACAGAAGAAAAGAAAAAAGAAGAGGAAGAGAAACCAAAGGAUUCAUAUAACAAAUCAUAUCAAUUUGGAUUUGGACCUACACUGAUAAUACUUUUGCACGAAAUUGCACACCUUUCUUCUAGAUUUUGGGAGCAGCAAACUUCUUACUUUAGAAUAACACCCAGAGAUUGCAAAAGCCCAUCAGAUCCUGAAAGAUCUUAUGGAGAAAUAGGAAACUAUUUAGAGACACAGCUAUUUGGUGACAGGCUGCAAGCUCUUUAUUUUGGAGGGGAAGAGAUUUUAUUAAAUAUUGAAAACUGAAACUUGCCAAUUGGUGAGUUUCAGGCUGAAUUCUUAAAUAUGCAAGAAUAUUGCAAAGCAAGGGGUGGCAAAGCAUGCAUCCUUUCAAGAGGGAAUGGAAUAGCCAACUGUGUUAAAUUCGGGAGAUGUGGGAUGUCUUAUUGGACUUCACGUUCAUAA